CGCCUGGGAGGAGACAGAGCCCCGAUGCGUAAGAACAGAAGCGGCUCGGGCCACCGCCCCUAUUGCGGGGUAUCCUGGAAGGCUGUGUGAAAUCUUCCAGAGAAGAAAGCAGUUUCUAUCCAGUUAGGAACAUCCAACUUCAAAAUAAGCACUAAGUAUAAAGGUUAUCAACUGAGGAUCCUGCAUUGGUACUUGAGACCCUACACAAGCCUUUGAGCAAGGACUCCUAGAAGUAAGCAACAUUUUGAAGAGAAGUAAGCAAGCAAGGUGUGCUGCAUCUUUGGUCUUGACCCUUCAUCUGAUGUUAUGGGCCAAACAAAUUGGACAAGUGCUGCAGUAUUGCUGUGCUCUUACAGAAAAUUUGGGGCAAACCAAUCUUUGUUGUACUGAUGCAAUCACACCCCCUUGCCAGGCCAGGCAAUGUUUCCAUCUCCCAGGGCUGAGUCCUGCAAAACAGUUCUGAAACAGAAGCAAAUGGUGACUGCUCUGUAGAAAAGCUGAUGAGAGCAUUUACAGGAGUGUGCCAGCCAGAAAGACCCACUGUCCUUGCUGAUUGAUCAAUAAAGGCCAUUUCUUGUUUGGUAUCAUCAUAAGGAAAAACGAAAGCUCAGGAACCUUAACUUGGCAAGGAAACAAGUUGAAGAGGAUGGUAGUCCCAAAGACACAGAGAGUUGAUAUUUGACUUUGCCUGUUCUGCUAAAUAGGUGGACUUAGAUUCAAUCCUUCAAGACCAGCUGGUGUUUAGGACUAGCCCACUCUCUAGGGACUUCCUGGAGUCUUCUCCUCAGAGCAGUCCAAAUACAUCUGGAGAGUAGCUUUACAGUUAAGCAGUGCCAAUUACUGAGAGCACCGCUUCUGCUGAAUCUGGACUGAAGAGAAAAAGAGACUGCACUGGCAGUGCUUUGCAUCCUCUACAUUUAGGUAAAAGGUGUUGUCCUUCUUGAUUCCCAUGUCCUAUUACCAGGAGGAUUUCUUCAGAGAAUACCUCAAGAUGAUGGCGAAUAUGGUCAUCCUGAACUUGCUCAUUUGUAUUUCGCUGGCGUUCUGGAUCGUGUCCAUGACUGCAAGUACGUACUACGGUACUUUACGACCCAUUUCUCCAUGGCGCUGGCUUUUUUCAGUCUUGGUUCCACUAAUUAUUGCUACACAGGGUUUUAAGAAGAAGAGUCUUGAUCACAGUGGUGCAUUGGGAGGACUGGUGGUUGGAUUUAUCCUUACAGUUGCAAAUUAUAGUUUCUUCUCUUCUUUGUUUGUAUUUUUUGUUACUUCUUCAAAACUUACUAAGUGGAAAAAAGAUAUAAAGAAGCAAAUAGAUUCAGAAUACAAAGAAGGUGGCCAGAGGAAUUGGGUUCAGGUAUUCUGUAAUGGUGGUGUUCCUACUGAGCUGGCUCUCUUAUAUAUGAUAGAAAAUGGACCAGGUGAAAUUCCUAUUGACUUCUCAAAGGAAUACACAGCAUCAUGGAUGUGCUUAUCCCUUUUGGGAGCUUUGGCAUGCUCUGCUGGUGAUACAUGGGCUUCAGAGAUUGGUAGUGUUAUGAGUAAAAGCAAACCGAGAUUGAUAACAACCUGGGAACAGGUUCCAGUAGGUACUAAUGGAGCAGUUACUUUAGUGGGCCUGAUCUCAAGUUUGCUCGGAGGCAUGACAGUAGGUAUAGCCUACUUUAUAACUCAACUAAUUUUUGUGACUGAUCUGGAAAUAUCUGCUCCACAAUGGCCCAUUAUAGUGUUUGGUGCAGCAGCUGGCCUACUGGGAUCAAUCGUUGAUUCGUAUUUGGGAGCUACGAUGCAAUACAGUGGUUUUGACCAGACAAUUGGCAUGGUUGUUAACCACCAAACAAAAGACUCCAAGCACAUAUCUGGAAAACCUAUAUUAGACAACAAUGCCGUAAAUCUUUUUUCUUCUGUAAUCAUUGCUCUGAUGCUUCCAGGCACAGCAUGGUUUUUCUGGCCAAGGGGUUGAAAUAGUUUAAGGUUUUCUGCAUGUGAAUAAUUUAUAUUCAGUCUUGCUCAGACUCCAAAGAGUUCCAGUUGAACUCUCUCUAAGAGGUGGAUCUGAAACGUUCAGAGAGCCAAAGGACUUUCCAUCUCAACUUGUUAAGGCUGUAAACCUCAUGUGGCAAUCAGCAUCUCUCAGGAAGGUGCUUUAUCAAUAAAGCUCUUGCUGCUCCUCAGGCGGAUGUAGAUCAUUGCCAAGUGAGGUGAAGCACUUGAUUCAUUUGUCCUCCAUUUAUGGAGCUGAAAUGUUGAUGUCUCUUCUCUCCAGUUUCCAGCAUCUGGAAGGGCAGGAAGCUGGAAAUAGAAGUCUAAUCUACAUCAAUCAGUGUGAUGGAGCCUUGUGGCUAUUAUCCAAGUUAGACAAAAAAACACUGCAGCUUUAUAUAGGCAAUGGUAACAUGGGUGAAGUGGGUGAAUUUUGGUAUUUCCCAUUAUCUAUAGUUUGUAAGGUCUUUUGAAAGUAUUUGGACAGGGAAGAAAGAAUUCAGCCUUGUUGCCUAUUCUCUAUCCUGAUACUAGCUCCACUUCCCUGAGAAUAGGUUUGAUAAAAAUGAGCCAUACAUAACAUUUGAAGCAAAAAUCUAAAUUUAAAGUAGAAACUUUAAGCUGUUCCAGUAAGAAUAAUAAAAUUUUCUAUGCUUUUUUGACAUCUUUAUUUCAAAACUAAUGAUAUUUAUGAAGAUUUGUCAAUACUGUGGUACUUAACAAAUAUGUUAAAAUUAAAUAUGACAAUUGUGGAUUCACAAUCUUCUCUUUAGAAAGAUAAUGUUUUUUUCUAUAAGCAUAGCAUUUUUCCAUAGUGUUUGGCAUUCUAACCAAACUAUACUCCUUGGUUAUUUCUCAACAGUGGAAAUGUUUGCCAUUUUGUUUGGGGCUUCUAUUUAGAGAUGAUAGCUUCAAAGAAGCUACAGAUGUUAUCCUUGUAGCAAAUGGGGGAAGUCACACAUAUAAAUCAUUUAGAAGUACAAAUUUAAUUUUUGAUGCUCAGGUUCCUGUGUUAGGUAAUUCUGUCUUCCGUCAUUCAUUUAUAAAAGUUGUGGAAGUAAUGCAGCCAGUACAGAUUGUAUUUAAACUUUAGAGAUACCCUCAUAAUAAUCUCUCAGCUUUGAUAUUCAGAAGUGUGGGCCCAUACUUUUAACUUAUGAAAAACUUUUUCUUUUCUUGUUAGAGAUAGAUGAAUAUUUUGUGUUGAACAUCUGGGGUUUUUUUAUAAGUGUCUUGUGUAUAUUGCCUGUCUUAAUUUACUUUUUUUAUUUUGUCAUCUUUUAUGGGAAUAUUAAAAAACUUCUAACACCUUCCAUACUGAGUUUACUCUUUUGAAAUCUAGUCUGUAUAGAUCUGGAACUCAUCACUGGAAAUAUUUCAUUGUAUUAUUCUGUUAUAAACAUGAGAUUUCAAAGUAGUAAAAGCUUUCUGAAAAGAACAAUUGUGUAGCUGCUCGAUGUUUGUUCCUGUGGAAGAGCACAAAAUCAUGGAAGUAAUAUAUGCACUUAAACUGUAACAAUAAACACUUGGGAAUUCUAUGCACUAUUUGGACUUAUGCUGCUUCUAAAUACUAUAUUAGCUGUCUUCUAUGAUUUUAUUAAUACUGUUGUGGUUUCUAGAAUUGAGCAAGAUAAAAUUUUUGUAAGAUACUUUUUUUUUCCUGAUUAAAUGCCUUAUUCUUAUA